UUCAUUGUGUAGCAUCAUUGUUAUUCCUCUGCCUUCGAUAUAAAAAAAAUUCAUCUUCGUUCUGAUUGAGAAAUGAGUAAUUUUGUUUUAUAACAUUCGAGUUCUUUUUUUGCUUUUAAUGUGGAUAUAUGAAAUGAAGUUUGCCAAAACCACACAAUUAAUCAAAGUUUAAUAAUAUGAAAAUCGAAAUAAAAGUGAAAAAAGUUUAUAGAAAUUAAGGAAAAUAAAGAAAAAUCGAAAAGAAACAGAGAAGUAAACCUAUGCAUGACUGCAGUGAAUUCCAAGUAAAAAAAAGUGUGGCAGCGGCUGUGAGGAAACGUAGAAGAAAUCUAAAUUGUUGUGGCGGCGGUGUGUGUGACGUGUAAAUCCAAGUGUUUGCCAAGUUUUAACCUGAACUCCAUUGAUGCAUUGUCGUUGUCGAAAUGGGGAAACUACUUUCAAAAAUUUUUGGUAACAAAGAAAUGCGCAUUUUAAUGUUGGGACUGGAUGCUGCAGGCAAAACAACAAUUUUAUACAAAUUAAAAUUAGGUCAAUCUGUAACAACAAUACCCACUGUGGGCUUCAAUGUAGAAACAGUCACCUAUAAAAAUGUCAAAUUCAAUGUCUGGGAUGUUGGCGGACAAGAUAAGAUAAGGCCGCUGUGGCGGCAUUAUUACACCGGUACACAGGGUCUAAUAUUCGUAGUUGAUUGUGCAGAUCGGGAUCGCAUAGACGAGGCUCGAACAGAAUUACAUCGAAUUAUAAAUGAUAGAGAAAUGAGAGAUGCCAUUAUAUUAAUAUUUGCUAAUAAACAAGAUUUAGCGGAUGCAAUGAAACCUCAUGAGAUUCAAGAAAAAUUAGGCUUAACUAGAAUACGAGAUCGCAACUGGUAUGUGCAACCUUCCUGUGCAACAACUGGUGAUGGCUUAUAUGAAGGCCUUACGUGGCUUACCUCCAAUCAUAAGUUAUGAGAAUAAUUUAUCUGAAACUCAAUAAAAAUAACCCCCGAAAAACAACACAACAAUAUUUAUUGUAUGCAAAUUUUAUUUGAAUUCAAACAAAAGGAGAAAUUCUUGAAAAAAACAAAAAUACAUCUUAACAAAAACGCAAAAAAGAAAAUCAAAUCUUUAUUAUUAUAAUUAUUAUUUAUCGAAAUUCAAAUAAAUAAUUCAACUUAGUGAAAACAAAAUAAAAUAAAAAAUAAAUUAUAAUAAUCCAACACGAAAGAAGAAACAAAGGAAUUCUAAAAAAUACCACAAACAUGUUUUUUUAGCAUUUAAGAUAUAUUUGUAAAAUAUUAUUAAAAAAACAAAACAAAACAAAAUCACUUACUCAAAACAAUAGAUUUGAAAAAACAAAACAAAACCAACAAGCAAAUGUUAAACAACCUCCUUCCCCUCAAUUAUGUUUAAAGCAAAGGAUUUAAUAAGGAAUAAAUCCUAAACAGAAACUAAAAGUAUAUGCAUAUAUUAUUAAUAUAUAUAUAAAUAUAGUAAAUAUUAUUAAUUAUUAUUUACCUUUUUAUUAAUUAUUAUCUAUUAUUUUUUUUUGUUUAGAUGUAAACUUUAAGUUUUUUUAAAUAACGACUUGUUAACGAGUCCUUAAAAAAAGAAAAAAAAAAACAAAAACAAGAAAUUAAUUUAAAUUAAUUAAUUGAUCAUAUAUAAAUAAUAAAAUAAAUUAAAAUUAGUGAGAAAAACAAACCAACAAACAAAUAAUGUAUGUAAUAAAAAAAUAAAACAACAUAAAACAUAAAGAAUCAACAAGCAUCAAAAAAAAUAAAAUAAAGAAGAAAACAAACAUA